AUGGCAAAGACAUCGUACACAGAGUCCACCAAGGAAUCUACGCCCGAAUCUCUUUCGACGUCAUUACGAUCGGUUGCUGCAACAUUUUGCUCUGUGAAGCGCGACGAUCUGCUCGGACAGUUAGCCACGAUGAAAUUGUCCAAAAGUGCGGAAAAGUGGGUGGCGCCGGAUUCAGGAGGUCUUAGCCUGGGAACGCUUGAAGUCACGAUGGCCACACGGCUGCAACUAGAAGACUCCAUCGCUCUGCGAAACCAGGCUCAAGCGGUUCGCCUCGACGACUUGAGUACCCCACCCGGUACGCCGUCAGACCGCAGUCAGUUCUACCACGACAAUGCGUUCUUAUACAAGUACAACGAGUCGCACACUCCGUCGCGCGCCGGUGGAGACCCAAUGAUGCCGGACGAUCUCAAGGCUGACAACAAUAACCCGUCCACCAUGUUCAUCUCGCUCUACAACCAGCGAUCAAGUACCCCUAUCAAGUACGUCGUAGCAGCAGCAGGCAUCGGAAUUGGUCUCGGUAUUUUAUUCGCGCACCUCAAGAUCGACGGAGCCUACGCUAAGUGGAUUUCAAUGCCAGGUGAUCUUUUCAUCGCUGCACUCAGAUGUCUGAUCGUCCCCAUGGUCUUCUGCAGUAUUGUUGGCUGCAUCGGUCAGCUCGUAGAGGCUGGCAAGGCUGCGUCAAUCGGUGGACGUAUCAUGAGUUACUUUGCCCUGUGCUCCGUGGUAUCGUCGGGUACUGGUGUACUUUUCGGUGUCUUGUUCUCGUCGUUCUUCAUCCAACAAAUGAAAGGAGAUGAAUCGGACGUCGUGACGGAACUCCGCAUGCACUGCUGGAAUGGCGACGUAUUAUCCAUGAUCAAAACUGGAGGAAUCGCCUGUGUCAAAGACACUAACGCGACAGAACUGACAAGCAUCCUGGCGCUUAACGACACGAGCUCCAACUUCGCUACUGCUACCGCAACGUACACGGACAUCAACGUUUCGCAACAGCUCUUCGCUAUUCUCAACGAAAUCAUCCCGUCGAAUAUGGUGAAAGCGUUCUCCAGUUCGUCCACUAUGGGGGUUAUCACGUUGGCCAUUUUCUUCGGUAUCGCCGUCGUCAUGAGCCACGAACGCACUCGUCGACAACUCGCGCUAGGUGGGGGACCAGCUGGAACGACCAAGACCGACAUCGACAUUAACCACUUACUUUUGCUCAUUAACCACGGUGGACUAGUGUGUCAACUCAUGAUCAACUCGGUGGUGUCUCUCAUUCCGUUUGCUAUCGUGUCCAUGAUUGCCGGGUCGAUGGCUCAGUACACGUCGUCGAUGGACCUCGUUGAGAGUGUUGGUUUUCUCAUUGUAGCCUUGGCACUGGCACUGAUUACUCUUACGUAUGGCAUCAUGGGGAUGGCGUUGUUCGUGACCACGAGAGUGAAUGUUUUCACGUAUUUGCGCCACAUUAUUCCUGCUCAAGUUUUCAUCUUUGGCUGCUCGUCUUCGAUUGCUACACUACCGAUGACCAUGCGUUGUGUAGACUCGACUCGUGAGGUUUCGUACGCUUUGUCUCGGUUCCUAUUGCCUCUUGGAGCUACGAGUAACCUGAAUGGAAGCGCUUGCUACAUGACGCUGGCCUGCGUCUUCAUGGCUAAAGUGGGCGGUUAUGGAGAUCUGUUGACGCCCUUACGCUACGUUUUGCUGGUGCUUGUGGUGCGACGAGACCACCAUUACCGAGCUUGA